AUGGUUGUUCCCGCCAGUCAAAAAGAGAAAUCCCCGUCCUUGGUAUUGUUUGUUGCAAAAGAACAAGGCAUUCAGGAGCAUUCUGGUGAUUCAUUAGACACUCUAUUUCGACCAUUGAAUGAGAACUUCCAAGUUAUUGCUCAGGAAAUGGAGGAAAAACUGCGAGACGAACUUCUAAGAUACGUGAUACCCACAGCCGUAAUUCCUCUUGUCAACUCUUUCGCGGACAGGGAAGAUAGAUAG